UCUGUCUCUGCCUGCUGCAGUGUAAAGCGGCGGUGUGAUUCGUUUCAGUGUUUAAUCAACGUUAACGUUAAACUGGGCUGUUUUUAAAUGCUAAGCGACUAAACGCGACUAUAUUAAAGCUUGAAACAAUGCGAUAUGUAACCAUAACUAACUACAGUCGCGUAUUGUGUCCUUAACAUGAACGGCCAUCGAUGUAACAGAGUGGUUACCCAUGGAGACAAGAGACGCCUCAUCAGACUGAGAUUAGCCAGCUAACGGGACUCUGACUAGAGAUUCAGCAUGGCUGCAAAGCUGAAGGGCAAACCAUCCAAAGGUUUAUUUGGAGAUGAGGAUUUGCUUGACAGCUUAUUUGAUGAUAAAAAGCUCCCAGUAAGAGGGAAAGCAACUCGCAUUGGACAACUGAAUCGCACUUCUACCACUGAUAACAUCUUCAGUAUGCUAGCAGAGGAGGUAAAGAGGGACGGUGUGGACGCUGAGGACUCUGAUGUCUCAGCAGCAGAUCCCAAUGACAUACUGAAGAACAUGAAGGACAUGGAUGAUAUGGAUGCUGACCUUUUUGCAUCAAAGAAAAAGCCCAGUUCAGCUCCUGCACAAACAAAGAAAGACUCUUCCACAUUAGAAAGUAAAGUAAAACCAGAGGGAGCAGAUGAACCCACCACCGCAGGAGGAGGGAGGAAGCCAAACUCUGCACCUUCGUCUACGGCACAUAACUACAAGAAGAAGUUCACCUUCUCUGAUCUAGACGACCCCCUGGCUGAUCUCGAUGACUUGCUUCCUGAUGAAACCGAGCCUGAACUUAAAUCCAGCACACAGCCGGCCAAACCUGAAAAAUCUACUCCGGCUCCUUCAGCAUCUCCUAUCCUGAAGACUGAAACUCCUAAAGCAGUAAAAAAGCAAAGUGAUCUGACGUUUGAUGAUGAUAAGGAUGACCUAAUGGAUGCGCUCGGAUUUGACAGCGAUAAAAACAAUGGCAAGAAAAAAGACACUUUGCUUUGGUCCAACAAAGAAAGGAGUGAGACCCCUCAGAGACCUCGUACCAAACUACAUGAGAUUCUGGAGAAUUUGAGUUCACCUCGUCUUCUGGAGCGACCUCCGACGGGCGAGAGGAAGGACCAACCUCAGUCUCAAGAGAAGCCGCAACACGAGAAGACCUCCAGUGUGAAAGAACCACUUCUAGAAGAUCACCUCACAUUUGGCGCCUAUCAGCCCACUCUGGGAUCCACGCCUGAAGGGCGCCAGUCCCGCAGACAGUCUGUCAGAUUUUCUACCGAGGAUGUCAGUCCUUCCACACCGGAAAAGAAACCAAAACCCACCACCCCCACACGACAACGCGCCUCAGCUGACUGGCUAGGCCUCAAGGUGAACGACGACCACACCGUCUUAGAGGGCGAUGCCAAAGAGACCAAGACUUCAACAGAGUCUCCAAAAGCUCCUUCCUCUCCUUCAUUAGAGAGAAGACCCUCCUUGACUAGUAGUCAUGGCACAUCUGCAGCAAAGGCAGCAGGAGACACCGCUGCCUCAACUGCUAAUAUCCCCAAACAAACCAAACCAGAGGUCUCUAAAAGCCAGCAGAGAGAAGAGGAGGAGGAGGAGGAUGACUGGUUAGCAGGAGCACUGAGCAGGAAGAAGGCUCUGUCAGUGUCAAAAACAUCCAAGCAGGGAGAAUCUUUCAGCCUGGGAGAAGAUCUGGAGUCAACUAUUAGUAAACAAGUCACUUCACAAGCUCCCAGGGGCAGAGAGGACACUCUCACAUCCUUCAAGGAAACUAGCAGCACUUUUCUUGGAGAGCCGAGCCCCACCGCUCACUCCACUCCUGUCAGAGAGACGAGGACAAAGCAAGAUUGCCCUCUUGGUCCUUUGCCAAUCUCUGCUGCUAGCAUUAGCCACACCCAACCCCAGCCUCAGUCCCAACCCCACCACCUACCAUCCCAACAGGGAUCCAGGGUGCCCGCUCAGGCUUCGGAUGGAACACCGCAACAGCUGCCGUUACUCAACCCUAUCUCUACCAUACCGCCUGGCUCUAUGUGGUCUGUUCCACAGCAAAUGCAAAAUACAUCGGCUGCUGUCCAACAACAGGUGACACUUUCAGCAGACAGUUUGCAGCAGCUGCUUCUACAACAGCAGAUGAUGCAGUCUCAGUUGCUGGGUCUCGGGGGUGUUGUGGAUGCGGGUGUCCUGCACAGACUCAAAGAGAGAGAGCAGCAACCUGGAGAUUAUCAGGCUUUACAGGCUCGCAUCAUCCAACUGGAGGGACAGGUGAAGACUCUGCAGCUGGAGCGAGAGCAAAGCCAGAUGUUGCUAGAGAGCGCCCAGCAGCGGCAUAAACAGGACAUGGAACUCAUGGAGAGCACACACAAGACUCGUGUAAAGCUGCUCGAGGAAUCGGCAGCCCAGAGGGAGGCGCAAGCGCGGCAGGAGUCCGAAGACCUGAUGGAACGCCUGGCGGCGGUGACGCGAUCGGCCGAGCAAGAACGCUCAGAGCUGCAGGCUCAGUACCAGCGCAAGCUGGGCCAGGCCCAGCAAGACAGAGACCGCGAGGUGGAGAGACUCAGAGACCUGCAGAGGAAAUCUAUCUCGGAGAUGAAGAAAGACCACGAGGACCAGGUCCGGAGACUGAAGAAAUUAAAGGAGGAGGAGAUCGAUGCGGUUACCAGCGCAACAUCUCAGACCAGGUCUCUUACGGUGGUGAUUGAGCAGAUGGAGCAGGUCUCCUCUCGGCUGGGGGAUCUUUCUUCUCGGGUGGAGAGCACACAUGAACACACGGCUCACGGCCUGGAGCAGGGGGCACGGCACAGAGACGAGCAGCUUCGAAUGAUGCAGGAUCGUCUGGCGCAGCAGCAGAAAGCCAUGGCGGAGGAGAGAGUGUACCUCAAGGAAAUCAUUUCCAGGAUGGACACUCAGCUCAAUGAGCAGCAGAGACAGCUGGAGAAGGAGCGCUGGAAGAUGUCAGCGGAGCAGGUCAAGGCAGAGUCUACCCAGAGAGGCCUGGAGGGAGAGCGGCAUGCCCUUAGUAUGCAGAUCAACAUGGAGAGAGAGGAGCUGGAGAGAGCGAAGAGUGCACUACUGGAGGAGCAGAAGUCAGUGAUGCAGCAGUGUGCAGAGGAGAGGAGGAAGCUGGCAGCUGACUGGGCCCACUUCCACAACAUGGAGAAGCAGAAGCGUGAGAGGGCUGAACGGGAGGUCAGCAGUCUCUUAGAGAAGAGAGAGGGCUCUAUCAUCAGUCUGGCACAGGAACAAGCGGACUUAAAGCUUCACACUGCAGAGCUCAAACAGAAGGAGAUGGCUGUGGCACAGGAGAGAGAGACUCUGGAAAGACUAAGAGAAGAACUGGACAGAGAGAAAGAGAGAAUAAGCAGCACAGCUUUGAGACUCAAGACACGAGCCCAGGAGGUGGAGGCCUUCAGCAAGCUCGCUGCAGAUAAGUACGAGGAAGGAGAGCGAGAGUUGCAGGAGGCGAAAUGUGUGGAGGCUGAGCACGAGGCAAGGCUCAGAAAUAUCCACACCCAGACGGAGCGGCUGAGGCAGCAAGAACGACGAAUUGUUCAGGAGCAAAUGCGGAUAAAUCAUCUGCAGAAGGACACAGAGAGGCUGAGAGUUAACGCUCCAAUUACCUCUUUACCACAAAUGAUUCCACCCAUUUUACCAGAUGCAGGUUCAAUGCUGCCAAACCCUGAGCUGACAUCAACCCUAAAUAUUCCUCCUCCUACUUCAUUUGCCAACUCUCAGUCCAUGGCUCUUCAAGCUAGUCUGGCUCUGUGGAAGUACACUGCAGAAAAGGACAGUGAAUACCUCCAAGAGGAGCAGAUCUACUUGGAGAACUUGAAGAAAAAAUCUUAUAGAUUUUCUUUCAACAAAGAUUGACCAACACAUGCUGGGUGCUCCCAGUAAGAUUUGUUACUUUUCGUGUAUUUAAAAUGUGCCAUUAUGCUGGAAUUUUUAUACAUCUCUUUUCAUUAAAAGAUGUUUUAGAUCA